UCUUUCAUUCUUCCAUCAAGCAGAAAGUAAAGUUUCUCUUGAACAUGGAUUAUUUCCUUUUCAUUGCUCUCACUUUCGUGUUGAGUUUCCAUAUUCAUUUUACUCAAGGAAGUGAACUGCACCCUACCGCUCGGAGUACUGAGACAAGCACUUCAAAAAUAUACAUUAUCCAUGUGAAUAAGCCAGAGGGUAAGCUAUUCACUCAAUCAGAAGAAGAUUUAGAAAGCUGGCAUCAUUCAUUCAUGCCAACUACGGUUAUGAGCUCUGAUGAACAACCGCGAAUGAUUUAUUCAUACCGAAAUGUGUUGAGUGGUUUUGCCGCAAGACUAACUCAAGAAGAGUUGAGAGCUGUUCAACAGAAGAAUGGUUUUGUUUCAGCUCAUCCCGAAAGGACACUACGUCGUCAAACCACACAUACCCCAGAUUUCUUGGGGUUGCAGCAAAAUAUCGGAUCUUGGAAGGAAUCAAAUUUUGGAAAGGGAAUUAUUAUUGGUGUUCUAGAUUCAGGAAUCACACCUGAUGAUCAUCCUUCGUUUAGUGACGCAGGAAUACCACCACCACCGUCGAAAUGGAAAGGGAGAUGCAAACUUAAUGGUACAGUUUGUAACAACAAAUUAAUUGGAGCAAGAUCCUUCAACAAUGCAGCAGUAAAAGGAGAGAAAGCUGAAGCACCAAUUGAUGAGGAUGGACACGGGACUCACACAGCAAGUACAGCGGCUGGUGCUUUUGUCGAAAAUGCAGAAGUGCUAGGAAAUGCUAAAGGUACGGCAGCAGGGAUGGCUCCUCAUGCUCACCUAGCAAUUUACAAAGUGUGCUUUGGAGAAGACUGUGCCGAGAGUAAUAUACUUGCGGCAUUAGAUGCAGCUGUGGAGGAUGGUGUGGAUGUAAUAUCGAUAUCACUUGGUCUAAGUGAGCCUCCUCCAUUUUUCAAUGAUAGCACUGCCAUAGGCGCUUUUGCAGCAAUUCAGAAGGGAAUCUUUGUAAGUAUUGCAGCAGGAAACUUUGGUCCUUCUGAUGCCUCCUUGGUUAAUGGAGCCCCAUGGAUGCUCACAGUUGGAGCAAGCACUAUUGACAGAACCAUUGUGGCAACAGCAGUGCUUGGAAAUGGGGAAGAAUUUGAGGGCGAAUCUGUUUUCCAGCCUUCCGAUUUCUCUCCAACACUGUUGCCCUUAGCAUAUGCAGGAAUAAAUGGCAAAGUAGAAUCUUCAUUUUGUGCUAAUGGAUCCUUGAGUGACAUUGACUUCAGAGGAAAGGUUGUUUUGUGUGAGAGGGGAGGGGGUAUAGGAAGAAUUGCCAAAGGACAGGAAGUACAAAGAGCAGGUGGUGCCGCCAUGAUUCUCAUGAAUGAUGAACUCAAUGGUUUCAGUCUCUCAGCUGAUGUACAUGUCCUACCAGCAACACAUGUAAGCUAUGCUGCUGGACUAAAGAUCAAGGCCUACAUAAAUUCCACUUCACCGACAGCAACCAUUUCGUUUAAGGGAACGAUUAUCGGGAACUCCUUAGCGCCAUCCGUUGCAUCAUUCUCUUCAAGAGGUCCCAACUUGCCGAGUCCUGGUAUAUUGAAACCGGAUAUUAUAGGACCAGGCGUGAACAUCCUGGCGGCAUGGCCAUUCCCCCUGGAUAACAACACCAAUUCAAAACUAAAUUUCAACAUUAUGUCAGGCACAUCAAUGUCAUGCCCACAUCUUAGUGGCAUUGCGGCUUUGCUCAAAAGCUCUCAUCCUGAUUGGUCACCAGCAGCCAUAAAAUCUGCCAUAAUGACUUCUGCAGACACACUAAAUUUAGAAAACAAACUCAUUGUCGAUGAAACACUUCAGCCGGCAAAUCUUUUUGCCACAGGUUCGGGCCACGUGAAUCCACCAAGAGCAGAUGAUCCUGGAUUAGUAUAUGAUAUCCAACCUGAUGAUUAUAUACCUUAUCUAUGUGGUUUAGGCUACAGUGACAGGGAAGUUGGGAUCAUCGCACACAGAAAAAUUAACUGCACUGAGACAUCAAGCAUUCCCGAGGGAGAGCUUAACUACCCCUCAUUUUCUGUCGUGCUUGGCUCCUCGCAGACAUUCACAAGGACAGUUACCAAUGUCGGUGAGGCUCAGUCAUCUUAUUUUGCCAUAGUCGCAGCACCAAAAGGAGUUGAUGUGAGCGUCCAUCCAAACAAGCUCUACUUUUCAGAAGCCAACCAGAAACAGACAUAUUCAGUAACAUUCAACCGUAUAGGGUCCGGUCAUAAGACAGUAGAACACGGUCAAGGAUUUCUAAAAUGGGUUUCUGCUAAACACACUGUCAGGAGUCCUAUCUUGGUCAAUUUCACAUAAGACAAUAAUGAAGCCAAGCAACAGCUUGUACUACAAGAGAACAAAUGCAAUGGUCAGAAAAUUGCCCUACUAGCUACAACAUUAAUAGAAAGAAAAAAAUGUGAAAACACCAUUAGAUUGGAGUUUUAUUGGAUAUGUUACCCAACAUCCAAUCAUUUGAUGUCAUGUUACUAUUUCAUAUUUAAUUAUUUGUUCAGUGAAUUUAAAUUUUGGGUUAACUGCCUAAUGGGUAUCA